AUGUUCGCUUUACAAUCCCAAAUCGCCGGCGCCAAGGUCGUCUCCAAAGUUGUCGCCAACAAGCAACAACGAUCCACCGUCGUCUCGGCGAAGAUUGCCCACGGCAAAGGUGGUGAAGAAGGGGGCCGAUCCUUCAACAACGAUGCCUUCGGUAUGAUCUGCAAGGCCGCGUCUUACUCCAUGAUGGGUUCCGCCAUCUCCGCCGCCGGCGAGGAAGACGUCUUCACGCAAGAAGGCCCGAUCACGGUCUUCGCCGCCGAUGACGAUGCCUUCGGGGACUUCAUCAAGUCCAAGGGUGUUACCAGAAUGGAAUUUGUGAAGAUGGAUGGCUUGGGUGACAUCUGCAAGAACCACGUCGUUAAGGGCACGGUUACCAAGGCGGACAUGGCUGCGGGCAAGGAAUUCGAAACCAUCACUGGCAAGAAGAUCGUCCCGGCUGACUUCCCGUUCAAGAAGAACGACAUCAAGGUCGACAACGCCACGAUCCACGCCAUCAAGAUGGUCAUCGCCUAA